AUGGCUUUUUUCUUCACUCGUCUAAUUCGCUACGUGGUCCUCGGGCUUGUACUGGCCGGUGUUGUGCAGUACAUGCUACGAUGGAAGACCUACACCGUUUCACCGAAGAUAUUUCGUCAGUUGGCCGGCGCAGCGCAUGGAAACAGUGGGAUUUCGAAUGUGAACAAGCUGCGGAAUGAUUUACGCCGUACAUAUCCAAGCCAGAUCAUCGAGAGCGACUGGGAGGCCAUUUAUGGUGGUGGUUUGAACCUGCGUGCCAACAUUCUGUUCGCAUCACCCACCGAAUUCAUCAUCGUUUUCCAUGCCCCUCAUCGAACAUCCGGCUUCUCA